AUGUUCAAGCUCGGACGCAGCCGGUUGGCUUCUGCCAUCCAAACUUCCUCAAAGGUCGCCGCUCCCAGAUACCCGGGCCUUGCCCAGCAACAAAGGAGAAACCUCAGCAUUCACGAGUACCUCUCCGCCGACCUUCUGCGCCAGUAUGGAGUCGGUGUCCCCAAGGGAUCCAACGCGAAGACCGCCGCCGAGGCCAAGGCCAUCGCAAAGGAGAUUGGUGGUGAGGAUAUGGUCAUCAAGGCCCAGGUCCUCGCCGGUGGACGUGGAAAGGGUACCUUCGACAACGGCCUCAAGGGCGGUGUUCGCGUCAUCUACUCCCCCACUGAGGCCGAGAUGUUCGCCGAGCAGAUGAUUGGCCACAAGCUCAUCACCAAGCAGACCGGCGCCGGCGGCAAGCUCUGCAGCUCCGUCUACAUUUGCGAGCGCAAGUUCGCCCGCCGCGAGUUCUACCUCGCCAUCCUGAUGGACCGCGCCUCCCAGGCCCCCGUCAUCGUCUCCUCCUCCCAGGGCGGUAUGGACAUCGAGACCGUCGCCAAGGAGAACCCCGACGCCAUCAUCACCACCAACAUUGACAUCAACAAGGGUGUCACCGACGAGAUCGCCCGCGACAUCGCCGUUAAGCUCGGCUUCAGCGAGCAGUGCAUCGAGGACGCCAAGGACACCAUCCAGAAGCUCUACAAGAUCUUCCUCGAGAAGGACGCCACCCAGAUCGAGAUCAACCCCCUCUCCGAGACCUCUGACCACAAGGUCCUCUGCAUGGACGCCAAGUUCGGCUUCGACGACAACGCCGACUACCGCCAGAAGGAUGUCUUCGCUCUCCGCGACACCACCCAGGAGGACGCCGACGAGGUCCGCGCCGCCGAGUCCGGCCUCAACUUCAUCAAGCUCGACGGUGACAUUGGCUGCCUCGUCAACGGUGCCGGUCUGGCCAUGGCCACCAUGGACAUCAUCAAGCUCAACAAGGGUACCCCCGCCAACUUCCUCGACGUCGGUGGUGGUGCCACCCCCGCCGCCAUCAAGGAGGCCUUUGAGCUCAUCACGAGCGACCCCAAGGUCUCUGCCAUCUUUGUCAACAUCUUCGGUGGUAUCGUUCGCUGCGAUCUCAUCGCCAAGGGUCUCAUCAACGCCUCCAAGGAGCUCAACCUCAAGAUCCCCAUCAUUGCCCGUCUCCAGGGUACCAACGUCGAGGCCGCCCACGAGAUCAUCAACAACUCUGGCAUGAAGAUCUUCUCCAUCGACGACCUCCAGACCGCCGCCGAGAAGGCUGUGCAACUGUCCAAGGUUGUCAAGAUGGCCCGUGACAUUGAUGUCGGCGUCGAGUUCUCCUUGGGUAUCUAA